AUAUAAGUUUCUCAAAUUCUAGCCGUUAAGAGUUCUCCAAAAAUCUUUGAUUGACACAGAAACCCAUCUUACAAUUUUGAUUCUUUUCUCUUUCUUGCAUCAAUUUUCUUGGUGAUUUUGUUGUCGUUACCUCAUUGCCUCACGCUCUCUCUGCCUGUUUUUGCCUUUUUCACUGUCAAAAAUUCUGUCUUUGUUGUCCAUUUGUAUUUGUUUCAAUCGUCACUUGAUUUUGAAAAAUUUUUCUUUUCUCUUUUAAUUAAAACCACAUAGAAAACACGCAGUUUUGGUCUUCUUUUGUGGGCUUGUGAUGACCACUACUCUGUUCUUUUCCUUGUCCGGCUGUACAUAAAUCCCCUGUUAUUUCAAAUUCAUAUCUUUUUCUGAUUGUUCAAGUUUAAUUCAAAACCCAUCUUACAAAAUCGAUUGCUUCCACCGUUUUUAGCAUUCAAUUAAAAAAAAAAUUGUUUAGUUUCUAUCGGUUUUUCGUUUUUACCUCGAUCGGUUCUGUUCUGCUGCUGUUUCUCUAUUAAUGAUUUUUCCUUGAUUACUUUCUCUCUCUCGCAAAGCUGUUUCUUGGUUGUGGCCCUUGUAGGUUCUCCAUACAACUCUCUCUUUGGCUUUUUUUUUUUUUAAAAUAUAAUUUUUCCUUUUUUGGAUGUCCAUUGAGAUUAUUGUGCUUUCUCUCACAGUCUCACUCACAAAAACACACAUCUUGAUCUAAAAAAUCUAAAUUCCUUGGGAUUACAUCGCGUAUUUUUCGCUGUCUCCGCGUACCCACCUACCAAAAGUCGUUGCUUUCCCUCCCUUUCUCAUAAACCUCUCUGCCACAACCCUCAAGUCUCACCCCUUAUACAGAAAAGAGGCAAUAAAAGUUUUAUCAAUAAAUAAUCCAUUUGACUACUUUAUCAUCGCUUUUGCCCAAUCCCAUUUUCCCUCAAUUCCUAGAGGUCUCCACUACAAUGGGUAAUUCUUGGUUUCUCAAAUGGGUUUUGCUUUUAGGCCUAUUGGGAACUUGUGUUUAUGGUCUAGGGGUUAAUUGGGGAACCCAGGCUACUCACAAAUUACCACCAAAGGCAGUGGUGCAAAUGUUGAAGGACAAUGGGAUCCAAAAAGUGAAGCUUUUUGACGCAGACCGAAACACUAUGAGUGCACUUGCUGGAACUGGCAUCGAAGUCAUGGUGGCGAUACCCAAUGACCAACUCGCUGCCAUGAAUGAUUAUAAUCGUGCCAAGGAUUGGGUCCAGAGGAAUGUCUCAAUCUACAACUUCAAUGGAGGGGUUAACAUCAAGUAUGUUGCAGUUGGGAAUGAGCCUUUCCUCACAACCUAUAAUGGGUCAUUCUUAAACGUGACCUUUCCAGCGCUUCAGAACAUUCAAAAUGCCCUCAAUGAAGCUGGGGUGGGAGACUCUAUAAAGGCCACUGUACCCUUGAAUGCCGAUGUCUACAAUUCACCCGAUGACCAACCUUAUCCAUCUACUGGAAGAUUCCGUAGUGAUAUUAGUGACCUCAUGACGUCGAUUGUUCAAUUUCUAAAUAAGAGCAAUGCACCUUUCACAGUGAACAUCUACCCUUUCCUAAGUCUCUACGGAAAUGAUAACUUCCCUAUCAACUAUGCUUUCUUUGAUGGAGCAUCACAACCCAUUGUAGACAAAGGUACUGGGAUUCAGUAUACCAAUGUUUUUGAUGCCAACUUCGACACCCUGGUCUCAGCCCUCAAAGCAGUAGGAUUUGGAGAGAUGACCAUUAUAGUUGGGGAGGUGGGUUGGCCUACUGAUGGGGACAAGAGUGCCACUAUAGCUUAUGCUUACAGAUUUUAUAAUGGGCUGUUACCGCGACUCGCUAGCAAUAGAGGCACCCCACUCCGGCCUGGAUUCAUAGAAGUCUACUUGUUUGGUCUUCUUGACGAGGAUGCAAAGAGCAUAGCUCCUGGAAACUUUGAACGCCAUUGGGGAAUCUUUCGGUAUGAUGGCCAACCUAAAUUUGGAUUAGAUUUUACUGGUCAGGGUCAAAACAAGUUGCCUGUGGGUGCGCAGAAUGUGCAGUAUCAACCAUCAAAAUGGUGUAUGUUUAAUCCAAAUGCCAAUGACCUUAGCAAGCUUGCAGAUAACAUAAAUUAUGCUUGCACUUUUUCAGAUUGCACAGCACUCGGAUAUGGCUCCUCUUGUAAUGGCUUGGAUGCUAAUGGGAAUUCUUCAUAUGCAUUCAAUAUGUACUUCCAGGUACAGAAUCAGGACCCCAUGGCCUGUAAUUUUCAAGGUUUGGCCAUGGUUACUUCACAGAAUAUUUCACAAGGGACAUGUAAUUUUAUCAUUCAGAUUGCUUCAGCUUCCUCUCUUGUCCACUCAUUGUUGGGUUUUGCAUUUGUGAUAGUAUUAACAUUUUUACUGCUUUAGGUUCUAUUUUUUUUUAAGAUACCUUUUGUGUACUAUUUACAUACAAUAUUUUUAUAAAUUUCUCUUUUUUUGCUU